AGAAAGGGGGAGGGGUGCCGGAGAUAGAUUAGAUAGUCCGGAGGAGGUGAGAGGUGGCAGGGAGGAUUAGGCAGAGCGAUCCGCUUCACCAUUCCCAUGCGGGGGCUUGGCUUCCACACAUUGCAUCAGCAAGUAGAGGGUCCGCUUUUCGGUGCGCAGAGCGAGUGCUGAAAAGCUGAGCGUGUCGAGGAUUAAGUCUUUCAUUUUGCGCGCAGGAAGGUGGCUACUUUGAAGAGUAGAGAAGCGGGCAUCCGCGCAUUGUUGCGGAUCCGAGGAAGUAUGGCGGCCGCUGCUGCAGCCCUGACGUCUUCGGUGCCCUCUUCUCAAAUCAGUCCCGCUGUGGAGUUUCUCCCCAAGCGGACUGCCAAGACUCUCAGCGGUGCGCCUCCGGGUUUGCUCUCGAGCUUCGUUGGUGACAAGGGAAGAUUGUGUGCCAGUGGCGGAGUUUCCAUUAAGUACAGAGCUCCCAAUGGAUGUUUGCCCCUUGGAGCCUCUUCACAGAGGGAUGGGUUCCCGCAGGUCGGAGAUGGAGUGAAUCCCUUAUUCCGCAAAAGCUUUCAUGUGAGCUCCGGCAGGGAGACCAGUUCGGCUGAGAGGACCGCUGUUGCUACUUCGGAUUACGCUGUUGCGGAGGAGGAGCGUAGGACUGUCACCGAGAAUGGCAACGGGUUUCCUGCGCCUGGAAGAAGUGCAAUUUUCGGGUAUUCAGGAGGAGACGAGGAUGAAGACGAGUUUGACGACGAGGAGGGCGAAGUUCUGCGCGUGGACAAUGAGUCGACUGACGAUGAAGACGAGCUGGCCAUUGCCAAUCUCGGUUUGCCCCAGGACAUUGUCGAUUCUCUUGCAAAGCGAGGAAUUUUCCAGCUCUUCCCAAUCCAGAGAGCCGUGCUUGACCCAGCAAUGGAAGGCAAGGAUCUUAUUGGCCGAGCCAAGACCGGUACUGGGAAAACUUUGGCAUUCGGUAUUCCCAUCAUCAACCGAAUUGUGAGGGAGAAUCAGGAAAACCGCACUGCCAGACGAAGUGGAAGAGCCCCCCGCGCUUUAGUCUUAGCUCCAACUCGUGAGUUGGCGAAGCAAGUCGAGAGGGAAUUUAUGGAGUCUGCACCAUCCCUCUCAACCAUCUGUGUCUACGGGGGCGUUUCUAUUACUGGACAACAAAGACAACUCCAAAAGGGUGUGGACAUUGCUGUCGGAACGCCCGGGCGUAUAAUUGAUCUCAUUGACAGAGGUUCACUGAAGCUUCAUGAAGUCCAGUUCUUGGUUUUGGACGAAGCGGACCAGAUGCUUGCCGUUGGCUUUGAAGAAGAUGUGGAAAAAAUUCUGGAGGGACUCCCUUCAGAACGACAGAGCAUGCUCUUUUCUGCAACUAUGCCUGCAUGGGUGAAGAACCUAUCACGAAAGUAUCUAAAGAAGCCUUUGACCAUCGACCUGGUUGGCGAGUCGGAUGAGAAGCUUGCCGAAGGAAUCAAGCUUUUCUGCGUCAACUGCGUCGCUUCUGCCAAGCGUUCCAUCCUCAAUGAUCUUAUCACGGUUUACGCCAAGGGUGGAAAAACCAUUGUUUUCACGCAAACGAAGAGAGACGCAGACGAUGUGUCUCUUUCUAUGAGUAGACUCGUUGGAUGUGAAGCUCUGCACGGUGACAUCACCCAGGCACAGCGAGAGAAGACCUUGAAUGCUUUCCGAGAGGGAAAGUUCUCUGUUCUGGUCGCCACUGACGUUGCCGCUCGUGGUCUAGAUAUCCCGAAUGUCGACCUGGUGGUCCACUUCGAGAUUCCGAACGACCCAGAAACUUUCGUGCAUAGGUCUGGACGUACCGGUCGAGCUGGUAAAGCCGGGACAGCUAUAUUGUUGUUCACUUCCCAGCAGACCAGAACAAUGAAGCAAAUCGAGAGAGAUGUUGGUUGUAAGUUUGACCGAAUUGUCCCCCCAAGUGUGGAUGAAGUACUCAGUGCAUCAUCUGAUCAGGCAACAGAAGUUAUCAGAAGGGUUCAUCCCCAGCUAAUUGACGUAUUCAUGCCAACUGCCGAGAAGCUGCUAGCAGAGAGCGGCCCUGGAGCACUCGCCGCUGCUAUUGCACACUUGAGCGGAUUCAGUCAGCCUCCUGCGUCUCGAUCGCUGAUCACUUUCGAAGAGGGGCUCACCACUUUGAGGUUAAUCCGAACGAACAAAGCCAAGGGUGGUCGAUUGGUGUCUGCCCGAGCAGUCAUGGGAACGUUGGCGGAUAUCUACCCAGCCGCGGCUGACCAAGUCGGGAAGAUUAAGAUCAUUGAUGAUAGAAACAUCGAGGGUGCAGUUUUCGAUUUACCAGAGGAUGUCGCGAAGGAGCUCCUGACGAAACCUAGGGACGCCGGUGAUCUUAUCGACGUGCCAAAAUCUUUGCCGAGAAUAGAAGAGGAUGACAGCGGACGGAGGAGUGACAUGUAUGGACGAUCCUUCGGACGAGGUGGUGGUGGUGGUGGUUUCAGGGGAGGAGACAGGGACGAUAGGAGAAGCAGUAGUAGUAGAUUCGGAGGAGGAAGGGACUUCGGAGACAGGGGUGGAAGAGACUUCGGCGAUAGAGGAGGACGAUUCUCAGACUCCGGGGACAGAGGUGGAAGGUCAGAUUUCGGAGAGAGACGGUUUGAAGAUAGAAGUCGAAGCAGCAGCAGAUUCGAAUCCUCUGAUGAUGACUACUCGUCCCCACGCCGAGGUGGUGGCAGAGGGGGUGCCUUUUCAGGAACAUGCUAUGUUUGCAAUCAACCUGGUCACCGAGCAUCGGACUGUCCUAAGGGUCGACGGUAGAGAAAGUCGGUUAUUCGUCAGCUGGUAGAGAAGUUCAUAGCUGUCACUCUUGUAAAAAUGGUUUGUUAAGACAUUCGGUAGCAUAUCUGAAUUAUGACGAGUUAUCCAGAGGCCUGUGUUUAAACUUGGUGGUACUCUUAUACUUAUGUGACUAGGGGUUUGAUCAAGUUGGAAACACCCAAGGUCACCAAAGUGACAUCAUAUGACACGCACGGCGGUGGCCCAUCAUGCUCCGUCUCACGUAGCGAGCGAAAAAAGCAGGAUGCUAGACACACCUACGUUCUCAGAGAGAUUAAACAUUUCGAAGGUGUAAAUCUUUCAGAUCAUGGACUGGAGAUGGCGAGCCCUUAACAUAGUUCAUGAGGUCUCUGAUCUCUGCUGGAGCAAUUAAUUAAUCGUUUGCUCCUGAUCAAUUAGAUUCAAAAUCUUGAUAGAUGGUCGCAAUUAAUCAAAUGAGCCUCCAAGGACUCAGACGUUAUUCUGAAGAUAUAAGCAAGCAUGUCUCGACUAGAGAGUUCCGUU